AUGGCUGCGGGGUGCCCCGUCUGCGGGUUCCGCAGCGGCGCAGGCGGUAGCGGCAGCGGCUCCGCCCGCCCGCCCGAGCGCGGGCCGCACCUGGGCGCGCCCCGCUCCCCGCCCCGCGGCCCCCGGCGCGGCGGCCGAAGGUGGGGGUGGCAUCCCCAGCACGUCUGCGGGCGCGUCCAGACGGAACACGGGCACGCAGGUCUCCGGAGUGACUCCGAACAGGCUUUGCUUUGUAUAAAGCCUUGUAAGACAAACUUCACCAUGAGGGUAGGAGUGAUUGAGACCCAUUACUCCCAUUCAAUUGUUCCCAGUGUGGUAGUGCAAGACACCAGUGAGGAUCCUAAACCGACAGACAAAAGGGAAAACAGGCAAUGGUAUCUACCCAGUGCAUUUGCACAGUACAAUAUUAACAACAAUAGUAAUAAAGGCGACAAGUCAGAAAGAAAAAAGGAUGGAGAAACAAAAAAGAACAAGGACAAAAAGGAGAAAAACAAAAAUAAAGAUAAGUCCAAGAACAAAGAAAAUAAAGAAGAGGAGAAGAAAGAGAUUUUCAUUAUUGAUCCAGCAGGAAAUAUGUAUUACAAUUGGUUGUUUUGCAUCACAAUGCCUGUCAUGUACAACUGGACCAUGAUUAUUGCUAGAGCCUGUUUUGAUGAGCUUCAGCAUGACUACUUAGUGGUAUGGUUUAUUAUUGACUAUGUUUCUGAUGUCAUCUAUAUUGCUGACAUGUUUGUACGGACAAGAACAGGUUACCUGGAGCAAGGUCUUCUGGUGAAAGAAGAACAAAAGCUUCGAGAGAAAUAUAAGGCAUCUUUUCAAUUCAAAUUAGAUUUUCUGUCAAUCAUACCAACUGAUCUCUUAUACUUUAAGUUAGGACUGAAUUACCCAGAAUUGAGAAUAAACAGGCUACUCAGAGUAGCUCGGAUGUUUGAAUUCUUCCAGCGAACAGAAACAAGGACAAACUACCCAAAUAUCUUCAGGAUCUCUAACCUUGUCAUGUACAUUGUGAUUAUUAUUCACUGGAAUGCCUGUGUGUACUACUCAAUCUCAAAAGCCAUUGGAUUUGGGGCUGACACAUGGGUCUACCCCAACACCUCUGACCCUGAAUUUGCCCGUCUCAUUAGAAAGUAUGUCUACAGUCUCUACUGGUCAACACUGACCCUGACUACUAUCGGUGAAACACCCCCUCCUGUAAGAGAUUCUGAGUAUUUCUUUGUGGUCGUCGACUUCUUGGUUGGAGUAUUGAUUUUUGCUACAAUUGUUGGUAACGUGGGCUCCAUGAUCUCCAACAUGAAUGCUGCUAGAGCAGAGUUUCAAGCAAGGAUUGAUGCUAUCAAGCAGUAUAUGCACUUUCGGAAUGUGAGUAAAGACAUGGAAAAAAGAGUUAUAAAGUGGUUUGACUACCUGUGGACAAACAAGAAGGCUGUGGAUGAAAGGGAAGUCUUGAAGUAUCUGCCAGAUAAAUUAAGAGCAGAGAUUGCAAUCAAUGUUCACCUGGAAACACUGAAAAAAGUUCGUAUUUUUGCAGACUGUGAAGCUGGUCUGUUGGUUGAACUGGUUUUGAAACUCCAGCCACAGGUAUACAGUCCUGGAGAUUACAUUUGCAGAAAAGGAGAUAUUGGACGAGAGAUGUACAUUAUCAAAGAAGGCAAGCUGGCAGUAGUUGCUGAUGAUGGAAUUACACAAUUUGUGGUCCUAAGUGAUGGCAGCUAUUUUGGAGAAAUCAGCAUUCUUAAUAUCAAAGGUAGCAAAGCUGGCAAUCGAAGAACAGCCAAUAUUAAAAGUAUCGGAUACUCUGACUUGUUUUGUCUGUCUAAAGACGACCUCAUGGAGGCUUUAACAGAGUACCCAGAUGCGAAGGCUAUGCUGGAAGAAAAAGGAAAGCAAAUCCUAAUGAAAGAUGGGUUGCUGGACAUUGAAGUUGCAAACUUAGGAAGUGAUCCUAAAGAUCUGGAAGAGAAAGUCACCUACAUGGAAGGAGCAAUGGACAGGUUACAAACAAAGUUUGCCAGGUUGUUGGCUGAGUAUGACGCUGCACAACAGAAACUGAAAAAAAGACUUACACAAAUCGAGAAAAUAUUGAAGCCAGUUAUAGAGCAAGAAUUUGCAGACUUGGAUCUGCAAGAAGCAGAUGCAUCCACAGAGAAGCCUGGAUUGUCAAAAGCAGAAUAAACCACUGAAAGUUGCCAAUAAGACUUAGGGUCAAGUCCUGCAUGGGGCUGAAUACGUUCAUUUCUAAUCUUUAUAGGAUCUGACUGUUAAUUAGGAAAAAUAUUUUUUGAGGUAAUGUCACUAAUUUCCUACAAACAGCACUUAUUUGGCAGGUUUUGAGAAGAAAAUGAAGAAUUGAGAACAAGAAUGUAAGGUAACACUUUGGUCUUGCAG